UUGGUCUUUAAAAUCAUCCGUUCGAUCCACGAUGCCGCCAAAAAUUUCGUCAUCAUGAACCAGCUGUUAUCUUUCCUGCAGCCUGCCGCGCGCAAGCAACCUCGAUAUUCAACCCGACCAUUUUAUACCACGUUGUUUGUGUUCACAGUCCUUGCCACUGCGAGUUGGUGGCUGAGUACUACCGAAAGUGAACAUGGCGAACAUAUACAAACGGGUACAGCAGCAGGCAUAAGUCUGUUGAAACGAGAGGCCGAACCAGAGUGCCGAUUAGUUCGCAAUGUCAAGAAUCAAUGUGCAUUCAUCCGUGCCAACUGUCCCGAUCACGAGGAUGGUUUGAUCUCCUACCUCCAAUUUUAUUACUGCGGGCUGGCCGGCGCGAAACCGGUAGCAUUCAUAAUCUUGAUUUUAUGGCUGUCACUUCUCUUCAGUACGAUUGGAAUCGCUGCAAGUGACUUCUUGUGUAUCGAUCUAAGCACAUUGGCCAGCAUUUUGGGAAUGAGCGAGAGUCUCACAGGCGUCACGUUUCUGGCAUUUGGUAACGGGAGUCCUGACGUAUUUUCCACAUUUGCCGCCAUGCGGUCAAAUAGUGGAAGUUUGGCGAUUGGUGAGUUGAUCGGUGCUGCCACUUUCAUCACCUCGGUUGUGGCGGGGUCCAUGGCCCUCGUUCGGCCAUUCAAGGUUGCGCGGAGAAGUUUUGUUCGAGACGUGGGUUUCUUCAUAGUUGCCGUGGUUUUCAGCAUGUUUAUGCUGGCCGAUGGAAAACUUCAUGUAUGGGAGUCCGCGACGAUGGUAGGCUUUUAUGCCUUCUAUGUCGUCAUGGUGGUAACCUGGCACUGGUACUUGGUACAACGCCGGCGAAAGAAUGCGAGAGAGCUCGCAGCGCGAGCUCAUUUCCACAUACCAGAAAAUCAGGAGUUGGAGAUUGAAGAGACAGCGGAGGAUGAUGAUCCUGGUGUAGCAUCAGAGUCACGAAGUCUCAUUCGCGGCGCCUCAACUGAAGACUUCGAUCUUUUGGAACGUGCCGAGGCUGUUCCUAUCUGGAAAGAAGAAGAAGAUGACGAAGAUGACGAAACUCGCAAUCGGUACUUGGCCGGGAUUCGCGAUAACAUGCAUCUUCACCGGCCUACGCGAUCGAGGCGCAAUACCAUGAACCCUAUCAGACCUAGUCUUGUUGGCGCAUUGGAGUUUCAAUCUGUGCUUCACUCACUGCAGAAAUCUAGAAACACCCAUCACAACCCGACAAUAAGUUUGAACAGCUAUUCAGACGAUGGCGAGAGUGAUUUCGAUACGCGCUCCGUAGCGUCACAUCCUCGUGCUAACCGACCAUCCGGCUCCAACGAUCGUCUCUCUCCGUCCAGUGCAGCAGGCUCUUCUCGUAUUCGAGCUGUCUCUGCAAACGAUGCCGCUGGCUUGAAAUUAGACGCAAGUGUUUUAGAGCCUCGGCCAACGCAAGGUCCACUUCUCACUGUGAGCAAGCCAUCAUUUGAGGAUACCUCAGGCCAAGACGCAAUGCAGGCGCGUCAGCUCCCUCCAAUCGAUACUGCAAAGGCACUUGCUGUGUCCCAGUCAUCUUCUGCGGACCAGUCGCCGAGUAUAAGCCCGGUGGCUGCAGAGCCUCAAAUUCCAGAUCGGCUUUCGCCAUCAGAUGCUUUCAUCUCACCGAAUUACCAAAGUCUAGGAGCACAUGAGCGCUCCCCUAUGUCGGUCUCGCCUAGAGGUACUACAAACCGUCGACAUUCAGGGUAUGGUCUAGAAAGCCCUUCUGUGCCCUUCCCAUCAUACACAGAUUUGCCAUCCUCCACGUCUUCGCGACCACCUAGCCUUCGACUCCCAAAUCCAUCCACGCCGUUAGAGCGACUUCACAUCCAUGACGACUAUGAUCAUUUUGCUCAUGUAGGCUCUCCUUUCCGAACUUAUCUGAGGAAUUGGUGGCCUGACUCGAUAUCUUCCCCCCAACAGAUUUGUUGCACACUCUUCCCAACCCUGGCCGGCUGGAAGUCCAAGAACGUCUGGGAGCGACUUCUUGGUAUAAUAGCAGCCCCCAGCGUGCUGCUUCUUACCAUAACAGUCCCAGUAAUCGAGCCACAGGCACCGGAAUCCGAAGAACCAGACCCAAUACCAUCUGUGAUUGUCCAGGACCUCAGCAAUGGAAAUGAUCCUUCUCCCAGGGUCAGGCUUCCAGCAGAUAGUCCAGUCAUAAUGCCCCAGGCUCAGGACUAUAACGGGUCUGCUCCCAAUGUGCCACCGACGCAUCCUCAUCGCAAGUCCUCAUAUGAACCCACCGAGCGCCCGCGCUGGGACUCUGAGCUGCCACCUGUAACGGUGGCAGGCUCUGUAGAUGCCGUAGCAACAAAGGACUGGAAUCGCUGGUUAGUCUCAAUCCAGCUUUUCACGGGCCCUUUCUUCGUUGUGCUCAUCGCCUGGACAACAAUGGACGACGAUCUUCAACUCCGCAACCUUUUCCUCCCAACUAUGGUCUCCUUACUCUUUUCCUCCAUCUGCCUCACAGUCUUAAUUAUAAGCACCCGUCGCCACCACCAAACCCGCUAUCCAACAGAAAUUUCCCUCCCUCUUCUCCCCGAACCCGAAUUCCAACCUCACCCCCCAACUCUUCCACCGCAAUGGCGCCCCUUCCUCGCUCUCCUCGGCUUCCUGGUCGCAAUCUCCUGGAUCGCGACAAUAGCCACAGAAGUUGUCUCCCUCCUCAAAACCCUCGGUGUAAUCCUCAACAUCUCAGACUCCCUCCUAGGCUUGACCGUCUUCGCAGUUGGCAACUCCCUCGGCGACCUAGUUGCCGACAUCACCGUCGCCCGCCUUGGAUACCCAGUUAUGGCCUUGAGCGCCUGCUUUGGCGGCCCCAUGCUCAACAUCCUACUCGGUAUCGGGCUGGGCGGUCUAUACAUGACUUUGAACGGCAAUGCAAGACAAGAUCAGGCAGUGCCGGGCCCCGUCGGCUCUGUGCAGGUUCCCUAUGAAAUUGCCAUUUCUAAAGUCCUUGUCAUCAGCGGCGCGACUCUGCUGGUUAUUCUUGUUGGUCUUCUGGUUGUUGUUCCCAUGAACAAUUGGAGAAUGGACCGGAGGAUCGGUUGGGGACUUGUUGCUGUUUGGUGCGUGAGUACAUUGGGCAAUGUGAUUGCCGAGGUUCUCACUUAA